AUCCCACCUCCUUGACCUGUCCGUCUUCCCUGGACUGACCUUUUCUCUCCUCUCCACCUUCGGUCCGCCUCCCCCUCUCUCCCUAUUUAUUCCAGUUCCCUCUCCCCGUCCCCCUCUCUGAUGAAGGGUCUAGGCCCGAAACGUCAGCUUUUGUGCUCCUGAGAUACUGCUUGGCCUGCUGUGCUCAUCCAGCCUCACAUUUUAUUAUUUUAGGAGAGAGAGCUGUUUUGGUUUGUGAUACAAGAGACGAGGCUGUCUAUGCCUUUCACCCAUCGGUAGCUCUCCUCCUGUCCCUGCCUCUAUGCACACACUCUGCCAGGCAUAGUCUUCCUCCCUCUGUGUGUGUGUGUGUGUGUCUCUCUCUCGCUUCAGCUCCUAAAACCUAAGAUGCAUCGGAUAUAAAAACACGCACAUAAACACACACACACACACACACACACAUCAACAAGCCAUGGAGAAAGAUCAGGAAUUACUGCAAGCUGUCAAAACCGAAGAUGUAGCUGCAAUGCAGAAGCUGUUGCAAAGGCCGAAACAAGGCAAAGCGAAUUCUGAUGUUGGUUCCUGGAAAGCCUCCAUUGUUGGAGGACGAGAAUCCGUAUCCACUUGAAGCAGCAUAGGCUUCUGCGAUGACUGUGGAAACCACUGCUUAUGCCUUGCUUCAAGCAUUGUCAAGGAAUGAUAUUGACUAUGCAACACCGAUUGCGAGGUGGCCAACGAUGCAACAGAACUAUGGUGGUGGAUUUCACUCGACGCAGGGUGGAGUUAGUGGAACCGAAAAAGAUGUCUCCCUCACAGCGUUUGUGACAAAAGAAUUGCAUUGUUCCUUGGCGGCCUUUCAACAGAAGAAUAUUCAGAGAUUUCACGAGUGUAGCACGCUGAGUAUUGUUAUCCCGAUAGUUCUUUCGUAUCAGUCCGUGUGUAUUCCUGGGCGAAUGUGCUCGUGUGGUCUCAGGAGUUGCGGAGGUCACGGCUCUGGGACAGCCGUUUCAUCGCUCUAUGCUGCAGAACCUACCCCGGAAGAGAGAGCCCAGAGAAUUGCCAAAGCUGUCCGCAAACAGUCAACAGAAGUGAAGGAAAAUUGGGAGCAAUUGAAAACCCGUGCGAGCAACUGGCAGAAACAGGUGGAAAAGGCGUUGGAGAAACUUCAAGAACUGCAGAAAGCGCUGGAUGAUCUUGAGGCUCAUGUGAUAACAGCUGAGGGGGUCCACACUGAUUGGCAACCUGUGGGUGACCUGCUUAUUGACUCAUUGCAGGAUCACAUUGAUAAAACCACAGGUAAGGACUAUCUGCAAAAUCUGAGAUUGGGUUUUGAAAGACAGCAGCCUUUGUUUUGGAGAGAUAAUGGGAACUGCAGAUGCUGGAGAACGCGAGAUAACACCGUGUGGAACUGGAUGAAGACAGCAGGCCAAGCAGCAUCUCAGGAGCACAAAAGCUGACGUUUCGGGCCGAGAACCUUCUUCAGAAAAUGGGGAGGGGGUGCGGGUUCUGGAAUAAAUAGGGAGAGAGGGGGAGGCGGAUGGAAGAUGGAUGGAGGAGAAGAUAGGUGGAGAGGAGAGUAUGGGUAGGGAGGCAGGGAGGGGAUAGGUCAGUCUGGGGAGGCCGGACAGGUCAAGGGAGCGGGAUGAGGGGAAAUAGGGGUGCGGCAUGAGGUGGGAGGGGGGAUGGGUGAGAGGAAGAAUAGGUUAGGGAGGCAGGGACGAGCUGGGCUGGUUUUGGGAUGCAGUGGGAGGACAGGAGAUUUGGAAGCUUGUGAAAUCCACACUGAUAGCAUUGGGCUGCAGGGUUCCCAAGCAGAAUAUGAGUUGCUGUUCCUGCAACCUUCGGGUGGCGUCAUUAUGGCACUGCAGGAGGUCCAGGUUGGACAUGUCCUCUCAGGAAUGGGAGGGGGAGUUGAAAUGGUUCGUGACUGGGAGGUGCAGUUGUUUAUUGCAAACUGAGCGUAGGUGUUCUGAAAAGUGGUCCCCAAGCCUCUGCAUCGUUUCCCCAAUGUGGAGGAAGCCACAACGGGGACAGCGGAUGUUUUGGAUAUUUCUUAAGCAUUGAUUUUCAUUCAGAGUUGGUUGGAUUUUGCUGAAGCAAUAGACAUAACUCACUAUGACAUAGACAAUGUCAGAGUUAAUGUUUCGCGUCCUGUGACCCUUCCUCAGAUCUCACUCUUCACUGAUGCUGCCAGACCUGCUGAGCUUUUCCAGCAACUUCUGCUUUUGUUGCUGAUUUACAGUGCCCACAGUUAGAACAUAGAACAUAGAACAGUACAGCACAGAAAAGGCCCAUCAGCCCACAAUGUUGUGCCGACCAUUGAUCCUCAUGUAUGCACCCUCAAAUUUCUGUGACCAUUUACAUGUCCAGCAGUCUCUUAAAUGACCCCAAUGACCUUGCUUCCACAACUGCUGCUGGCAACGCAUUCCAUGCUCUCACAACUCUCUGCGUAAAGAACCUGCCUCUGACAUCCCCUCUCUACUUUCCACCAACCAGCUUAAAACUAUGACCCCUCGUGCUAGCCAUUUCUGCCCUGGGAAAUAGUCUCUGGCUAUCAACUCUAUCUAUGCCUCUCAUUAUCUUGUAUAUCUCAAUUAGGUCCCCUCUCCUCCUCCUUUUCUCCAAUGAAAAGAGACCGAGCUCAGUCAACCUCUCUUCAUAAGAUAAGCCCUCCAGUCCAGGCAGCAUCCUGGUAAACCACCUCUGAACCCUCUCCAAAGCAUCCACAUCUUUCCUAUAAUAGGGCGCCCAGAACUGGACGCAGUAUUCCAAGUGCGGUCUAACCAAAGUUUUAUAUAGCUGCAACAAGAUCUCACGACUCUUCAACUCAAUCCCCCUGUUAGUGAAAGCCAAAACACCAUAUGCUUUCUUAACAACCCUGUCCACUUGGGGGGCCAUUUUAAGGGAUCUAUGUAUCUGCACACCAAGAUCCCUCUGUUCCCCCACGCUGCCAAGAAUCCUAUCCUUAAUCCUGUACUCAGCUUUCAAAUUCGACCUUCCAAAAUGCAUCACCUCGCAUUUAUCAAGGUUGAACUCCAUCUGCCACCUCUCAGCCCAUCUCUGCAUCCUGUCAAUGUCCCGCUGCAGCCUACAGCAGCCCUCUACACUGUCAACGACACCUCCGACCUUUGUGUCGUCUGCAAACUUGCUGACCCAUCCUUCAAUUCCCUCGUCCAAGUCAUUAAUAAAAAUUACAAACAGUAGAGGCCCAAGGACAGAGCCCUGUGGAACUCCACUCACCACUGACUUCCAGGCAGAAUCUUUUCCUUCUACUACCACUCGCUGUCUUCUGUUGGCCAGCCAAUUCUGUAUCCAAGCAGCUAAGUU